UACCCACACCGCUCUCUGGUUCGCUACACUUGUCAGAAGGGCUUCUUCAGAAAGGCUAUCCUGAUAUCUUCUGUUACGCGGGGAUCUGGUACGGACACGCUCACGCACCCUUUACAUGUCAGUCUGUUCGUUGCCCUCGCCUCUCCCCACCUAAACAUGGUAAAGUUCAACCGGAUGGACUGGAAUUUGGAGCUACUGCACGAGUCAUCUGCGACGAGGGCUUCCGCCUGGUUGGACCAGAGACGAGAAGUUGCCAAGGUGACAAGACAUGGAGCGGAGAGGGUAACAGUUGCAAAGAAAUUGAAUGCGCGAAGCCGAUGCUUGAGUAUGGCAGUGUGAUUGUCAAGACGCCCAUAAAGUAUGGAGACAUAGCCAUAUUUAGUCUAAUUCCAGAAGCAAACACAUACGAGGGCUACAGAAAGAUGACUUGUGUGGAUGGCGCUUGGGACAGUGUACCAAAGUGCGAACCAAAGUCAUGUGAACAAACGCCGUCUCAGCUGAAUCAUGGGAUCACAACGUUUGACGAACUGGAACACGGAUCCCGAAUCCGAUAUUCCUGUGAUCCAGGCUAUACUCUCUCUCAUCACCAGAACAGAACCUGUGUACUUGGCAGAUGGACUGGUAUGAAACCCUGGUGCACAAAAAAUUAUUGUUCGUAUCCAAAAGAUUUACCCCUGGGUAUGGAAGUGAUGGAUGACUCAACAGCUACUAGAUUCGAGCACGACGCUAUUCUGAAAUUGCAAUGUAGAAAGGGAUAUAGAACUGUUCAUAAGGGAAUCAGUCCGCAAUUGACAUGUUACAACACCACGUGGGAAAUCAGUGGAAAUCUUCAAUGUGAGUCUGAACCUUGUUUUUACGAAGCGAAAUGGUUUGAGGAAGUAAUAUCUCAAACAUACACAGAGGACGGCCAAUUAAGUCACAUCUCCACUUUCCAGAUAAGAUGCAAAUAUCCUAAACGGUUUCAUUUGAAGGAUGGUGUCUCCAAAGCCAGAUGCCAUUACGGAGAAUGGCAACCCAGGGUCCCCAGUUGUGAAGCAGAAUCGUGUCAAGGAUAUGACGAUUUAGGCAGAGCAGAGGGUUAUCCUGCAUCUGACGGCGAUAUAAGGCAAGUUUUCUGUCCUCGUGGCUAUCACAUUGACAAGUUAACCAUUGAGGGAGAGUUUCUCUAUACAAGGAACGUCACUGCUGAAUGCUCCUUGGGCGAAUGGCGGCCGAUGGUACCCGAAUGUAAACCAGAUCCGUGCAAGUUACCGUCCUGGGGAAAUGUGGACAUGCGCUACGAGAAUGGGACAGGUGAUGUUGACGUCAUCGUUAGUCAUGACAUCAACGUCACGUUCUCCUGUGUCGAUGGUUACGUAUGGGAAAACGAAACAACUGACAUCACAGAUCUGAGUCUCAGCUGUCAAUCUGGAGAAUGGAUUGGGCCUCUUCCUCCUAAAUGCAUUCCAGAUGGAACGGGCUGUCUGGAUCCUGGGGACAUCCAAAAUGCAAACAAGACAAAUGUCCGGAUGGCGGACAAUGGAUAUUAUCCCAGCGGUGAAUUGCUGACCUACGAGUGCCACAAAGGUUUCCUUGUUGACGGGAUGAUCAGGAACCAGGAAAUCUUCUGUUUGGGAAAUGGAGCUUGGAGCGACAGUCUUUUCAAUUGCACAGCCCUGACCUGUGACAAACCUGAAAGCAUUAAAGACGGAUCGUAUUCUCCAGUAAAAGAGCUGUACUUUUAUAAUGAAUCCGUCACCUAUUCGUGUGAGAAUCCUAAGACAGUUUCUGGCUCAGCGAUUUUGACAUGCACGGAGGAUGGACAGUGGAAUAAAUGGAAGCCUGAAUGCAAAGUACCGAAAUGUCCCGAUCUACCUUGGCCUGAGAAGGGGCGUCGAGUGGGCAGCGGUCGGCAGGUCGGGGACAUUGUUUCUUUUGAAUGUAGCGCUGGGUACAGUGUGCACGGCUCCAAGGAGAGAACCUGCCAAACCAACAAAGAGUGGAGCGGAGAAAUAACAACAUGUGUUGCGGAUCUCGACCAGUGUGUCAUUCCCAAAGAAGGUAAGGAUGUCAGAUCGGUGUACCAUGAUGUCGGCAAACAUAGCCUGGAUGUUAGAAUGGGGGACCGCGUGAAAGAAGGGACCGUAAUGCUGUCCCGAUGUAAGCGGUUUAUAGACAUGUACUUCACCGGGGACCCAAAACGUGUUUGCGAGCACGGACAAUGGAUUGGUGUGGAGCCCAAGUGUACAUACACUUACCUCACUGAAGGCGCAUAUUCCCGUCGGUAUUAUCGCGAGGUGUCUCGUCCUGCACGCGGAAUCUCCAUAUCAGAUGAAGGUCAUUUAGAGGUCAGAAAGGGUUCUACCGUCAUUCUUGCUUGCCAGUUUGGAGAGGAACAAGUUUGGUCAUCUAUGAAAGGUUUACAUUCUGCUGACAUGGUAGAAAAGCCCGUAGAAUAUUACGCUGAUAGAAGAAGAAAAGUAGUGAAUAGCAAGCUGAGAAUUACAGAUGCCGACUCGCAUCACUCGGAUACUUAUUUUUGUUCCAGAUCACGCACAUCCAUUCCCACAGGAACAUUUACAAUAAAGGUAAUUUGAAUCCAGCCACUUGAAUUUUUAUUGCCGUGUACGUGAAUCUUUUUCUGCAACGAUAUUUUGUCGUCGAAAUACAAUAAAAGCCUUCAUGUCACACAGAGAUGAACUGGGUUAAUAACUGCAUAUAACAAGUCCAGCUCGCAUUAAAAGCACUAGUGUAUAACGUCAAUUUUAGAACAACUUCCCAGGUCGCCAUAGCAACCAUUUUCUCGCCUUGUUUUUGACCUUUAGAUUUAAUCAGCGAACCUGAUUGGUCGUGUUAACAGAUAAAAUGAAUGAAGUUUUUAUUAAAAAAGCAAGUUUUUAUAUCUGCUGAUCAAAUUAUUUGACUGACAAUCUGUCGUCUAAGUGUCGAAUAAGUAAAAUAUUCCCCUGAACGAUGUCCCGAAUUCUGCACAGCUGGGACCGCAGAUAAGGGAGAUUACCCUGUGGCAACAAAACACUGUUUGUUGCGAGCGAUCUUGAGGUGGGGGACAGCUGAUCGCGUCGAAAAAAAUUGAACAGAAGGAUUUGUUAGUGGAAUGUCAAUUUCCCGCUCCUUGUACUUUUCAGUCAUAUGACGACGAGGAAUCAUUAGGUGUGUAUAUAUAUUGUCUUCUUAUGGCAGGGCGAGUAUAAUGCCGAAGACACCAGAUAUGAAACCCCACUCAGUCACAUUAUACUGACAGCGAGCCAAUCAAACAUGUUUCUUUGCUCUGACCUCCCAGUGCUGAGCGCGAAGCAAGGUAGCAGCAGGUACCAUUUUUAAAAUCUUUGGAAAGAGCCGACCCUGGUUUGAUCCCGGGGUCUCUGGACUUCGCUUCUGGGGAUGAUUUGUUUGUUAGACUUGGAUUUUUUGUUGUAAUAUUAGAAUAUGUGUAGCCUACAGUUUCUCUUGAAAUGCAUUUCCAACACCAUCUCAUCGAAUGGAAUUUUUUUUCAUAGAAUCAGCUGUUCAUGCGCCCAAAACCAACUAGAAGAAAACAUACCUGUCUCUGUAUACUAACCACCGUAAGGAGGCUCAGCUUUGCGAUGUCGCCAGCUACUGUGCCUAUAUGGUUAAUUCUGGGAUCGGUUGAUAAAGUUACACGUACCACCUUAGUCGCCGUGAAUCGUUGUUUUUGUUGACCACCAACUUCGAUGUUUUGCCUGUGCUAGCUGUCUUUCACGUGUCAAGGUCGCAUACCACAAAAUACACAUUUUUUCGUCCAGCAGUUAUUAGUUCCCUAUGGGUAACGGGGGGCUGGGACCAUAGCUGUAUACCUCGUCUGCCAGUCUGUCACCAGUAAUGUUUUCGAACAUUUUUUCAAAAUGGUUUAUCGUAUGAAAUUGACACUUAGUAGACCGCUUCAUC